AUGGCUCCCUUCUACAAGACCGCAACAGCAUUUUGCCUCGUCGGGCUCUUUGGGCUCCACUCCGUGGCGGCCGGCGCAACCGAGUACAAAUUUGAGGUAGUAGAAGUUAAGGAUGAACUCUACUUAACGACAAACUUGGCCCGUAAUGGAAAAAUUUCAGUCCGUACCAGCACAGUUGAAAAGGACACCGACCUUGUCUCCACCCUGCAGGCAAAAGUAGCAACCGAACAGACAGCCCAGGCGGCGACGUGCGAGACACUGAUAGGCGAUAAACUUAAGAAGGUCUUUCAUCACAGUUUCGCCUACACAACAACUCCAAACUAUCCUGAACUAGUGCAGGAGGCUCUCAAUGCCGGACUUGAAGAAUUCGGAAAAACAUAUCCGUCAGGCACAUCGGCAUGGCAGGAGAAAUGGGGGAAGCAAAAGGUUCACAGUGUGUUGCACCUUCUCGGCGCCAGCAGCACCAAAAUCGGCUGCGUCAUUGGAAACUGCGUCAAAAAAGUUGAAGUUCCUGUGCACGCCAAGUCAGACCCAGACCAACCAACAACGUCUGUGCUUUUCUGUGAAUUGACUCCUGCAGCAACAGUGGACGAGGCCGCCUUUAGCGAGGCGUACUUCAAGGAACUUAUUGCACGAGAAACUAAAAUAAAAGAUAUGACGGAAGAAGAUCUGAAGGACCCUAUUGUAACCAGCUCUGCAGAUGCUGUCGUUCCCAGCAUUCUAACUGCCGGUUUGGUCGCCAUCCUGGCAGCUAUCUCUGCCUAG